CCUGGCAGUCACGUGGCAGCAUUUUUAUUCUUUGACUGAUGAGUAAAGUCUUUUUGGGGCAUGAAAAGAAUUAAAACCAGGUUUUUAAUAGCAAAUCUUAAGGGUUAUCUGGUGCUUUCCAUACUUCAUGUAUGGAAAGAAUGUAAAUAAACACACACCCCCCCCCCCCCCAACCAUCAGAGCAGACAGACCCUGAGCACAGCAGGGGUUUUGGGGUCUCCCAAAUAAUUCCUGCAGGUUUGAAUGAUUCCAAACUAAUUCACCUCAGCCGUUGCAUUGGCCUGGUGCUUUGGAUUGCCUUUAGCAGCAUUUAAAGGCUUCAAAAUGACCUCUUUUUUCCAAGCCACACCACUUCCCUGAGGCUUUCCCUGCAUCCAGGGAAAUAUUCCUGGGCUUUUCCAACUUCUUCCAGAGCUGUUCGUUUGCAACUCCCAACUCCGCCGUGGACAGCACUGCUGUGGGAGAAGGUGAGGAAAUCCUCCAGAUGGAAAACACGGCAUUGCAGCUGGAUUUAUCCUAAAGAAAAGCCCCCGUCGGGAGAGGAAUGGCAGCUGACACAGGCACUUAUGUAAUAGCUGGUUUCAAUUAGGAUUUGCUAAUGACUGUUUUGCCCUUGCGCAGUUUGUUCCCGGUUUCUUCAUCCCCUCCUUCCCUUGGUGCCACACUGGAGCACCUCUUCCUCUUGUUGACAUCUGUUCCAGUUCCCAGCGGGAAAGGCUGAAGUUCCUGGAUUGAUUAACCCCUGGGAAUUGCUGCUAAGUGUUGGGAACCAAGGUUUGGGGACUAUUCCAGGAGCCAGGAGCGCUCUCCACCUCUUUUUCCAGGCGUUUGAGGCACUGCUUGGGAAUUUUUGGCUUCAUUCAGGACGGAGUGAUGGUACCUGGGAUUCCAGGAUGGUUGCAUCUUGCAUGUCCACAGAGCAAGAAGGUUUUGCUGGUGUUCUCCAACCCCUGCCAGCCCUGAUUGCCUCAGAAUUCCUACAGACCCUGCAGCGGAGCUGGAGCAGGACAAAAACCCAUCCACCAGCAAGCAGGAUCUCAUCCUGUGAAUCUUUGGGGGACAGGUCUGGAGUGGGGGCACAGCGCUGAUGAAGAGCUGGGAGUAAAGAAACCAGAAGAGGAAGAGAAGCCAAAAAAACAAAACUAGGAAGUGUUAUCCCAAAGGGAUGCCAGGAGCAGCUGCAGCCACCUUACUCAGAAAGAAAGACACUUAGAGGAUGGAGCAGGAGCUGGCACGAGGAGAGGAAGAGAGGCAGGAAGGCCUGAUCGAGUUUUACGACUCCUUCAAGGAGAUGUUUGAGUUUUUCUGCAAAAACACCACGAUCCACGGCACCAUCCGCCUCGUGUGCUCCGACAGCAACCGCAUGAAAACGGCUUUUUGGACCCUGCUGCUGCUGGCCAGCUUUGGCAUGCUCUACUGGCAGUUUGCCCUCAUGUUCAGCCAGUACUUGGCCUACCCCGUGGUGCUCACCAUGUCCAUGCACUCCGAGCCCAAAAUGUUCCCAGCCAUCACCAUCUGCAACCUGGAUCCCUACAGGUUUGAGCUGGUCAGUGAACACCUGGUGCAGCUGGAUCGCAUGGCAGAGGAAUCCAUCACCUUCUUGUAUGGAAUCAACACCUCAGCCAGGUUAUUCCACAUGAAUGACAGGAAUAUCCACGUCCAGGGCUUGGCCAACCUCAGCAGGUCGGGCUUCAAGCUGAGCCAAAACUUCUCCCUCUUGAGGAUGUCGGACCUCAGGUCAGGGAAGAAACAUUCCAGCGUGGGCUUCAGGCUGUGCAAUUCCACAGGUGGGAAUUGCUUCUACAAGACCUAUUCCUCGGGCAUGGAUGCCAUCCUGGAGUGGUACAGGUUCCACUACAUGAACAUCAUGUCCCAGCUGCCCGUGAUCAUCAACAUCUCCCAGCACGAGGAGCACAUCGAGGACAUGGUUUACUCCUGCCAGUACGAUGGGGAGCCCUGCAGGCCCAGUGAUUAUGUUCACUUCCACCACCCAGUUUUUGGGAGCUGCUACACUUUUAACAGCAAGGGGACAGAUCCCUUCUGGACAGCCACAAAACCAGGAAUUCCUUAUGGGCUGUCCCUUAUCCUGAGGGCAGAGCAGAAGGAUCACAUCCCCCUGCUGUCCACGGUGGCGGGGGUGAAGGUGAUGAUCCACAACCACAACCAGACCCCGUUCCUGGAGCACGAGGGCUUCGACAUCCGGCCGGGCAUCGCCACCACCAUCGGCAUCCAGCAGGACGAGGUGAAUCGCCUGGGUGGCAAUUAUGGCAAAUGCACAACUAAUGGGGAUGAUGUGGACGUGAAACUGCUCUACAACAACUCCUACACCCUGCAGGCCUGCCUGCAUUCCUGCUUCCAGCACAUCAUGGUUCAGGAGUGUGGCUGUGGGUAUUAUUAUUACCCCCUGCCUGCUGGGGCUGAGUACUGUGACUACAACAAGCAGCCUGCCUGGGGUCACUGCUUUUACCAGCUCUACAACAGGCUCAGGAAUCACCACCUGAAUUGCUUUGACCAGUGCCCCAAGCCAUGCAGGGAAUCCCUGUACAAGGUCUCAGCUGGGACAGCCAAGUGGCCCUCAGCAAAAUCCCAGGACUGGGUCCGCCAGGCUCUGAGGCACCAGAAUGGCUACAACUCCACCAGCAACAGGAAGGACAUUGCCAAGGUCACCAUCUUCUACCAGCAGCUCAACUACCAGGCUGUCAACGAGUCUCCUCUGCUCUCAGUAGGUUCCACCACCCCAAACUCUGUCCCCUGCCUUUCUUUUGGGGUGCUUGGGGUGCGUGGAGGGAGGGCUUUUAACAGCUGCCACCAUGGGAUUCUUCUCCUUGAGGAAAACUUUGGGAGUUGCACUUUUUCCACAAUCCCAUCGAUCCUCCCUGGGUGCCAACAGCAAAAUUCCUGUUCCCAGAGCUCUGCUGUGCCUGAUAAAGAAAACUUUGGAUUUUUCCCCCAGGAGAACCUGCUGCUGUCCAGCAUGGGGAGCCAGUGGAGCCUCUGGUUCGGCUCCUCGGUGCUGUCGGUGGUGGAGAUGUUCGAGCUGCUCGUGGACACCUUGGUCCUGUCCCUCCUCUUCUGCUACCAAAGGCUCAGGGCCAAGAAGACCCUGAGGGUCUCUGCCACCAUCCCCAGUGUCAGCCUGGCCCUGGAGAACUACAGGGUGGUGCAGGAAGAGCCUGGGAAAGGAGAGGAGGGUGCCCGACCCUCUGGAAUGAGGGACAGCACAGGGGAGCUGCAGCUGCAGCCCCUGCCCCAGAGGUGCCCAGAGGUGCUGCUGGAUGGGUUUGGGUGCACCAAGGAGGAGGAUUUGGGACAGGAGUGAAGAGCUGAGGGGCUUUUGUGAGCAUGGAGAGGCUUGGAAUUCCCUUAAUGCUGUGGGAAGGGUGCCAGCGAUGUCCUGGAUCCACAGCUGAGCGUGGCAGCUUGGAAUUCACCUGAUGCUGCUGGAAAGGGGACAGGGACAUCCUGGAUCCACAGCUGAGCGUGGCAGUGCUCCCUCAGCCACUGCAGGUUCCCCCUGCACAUCCCUGAGUCCUGCAGCCAGAGAUUUUGGAUCCCAGGGAGUCUCUGGGAAGGGGGAGCUGCACUUCUGUUAUGGGAAUCCUCAUCAAAGGCUGCUCCCAGCUUUAAUUUAUAAAUCCUGGUGAGGAAACCCCUCUGUGGCUCCAGCCAGGCCCAGCUACAUUUCACAAACCUCCUCCAGAACUGGCUUUUCAUGGGAAGAAUUCCAGUGUGUGGGACAGUGGAAAGGGGGUUGGAAUGGGAUGGGUUUUAGGCCCCUUCCAACCCCAAACCAUUCCCUGGCCCCGUGCUUCACAUCCAGGGCUGUCCUGAGGGGAUCAAAGCAAGAGGGGGCUCUGAUUCCACCCUGAAUUCCCAGACACCUCCUCACCCUUGCAGGAUUUGGGGCUGGGAAGGGAGGGCAAGAGGCAGAGGAAACUUCUCCUGCUGCCAUUUGGGGCCAAGGCUCAGGAUGCUGCUGCUGAGAUGCUUCUGGACUCACCCCAGGUCACUCCCAGUGGGUCUGACUCUCCCAGGGGGAAAGAAAAGAGAAGAAAAUGGGGUUGGGAACUUUUUUAGGUGCCAGAAAAAGCAUCCAAUUUCUGUGGAAGGUGCCACAGUGCUGCGUUUUUGUUGCAGCCCGUUUACAAAUAGAGAGCAUGUUAAUAUUUGACAGUAAUUUAUCUGUACAUAAAAUACAAAAAACAGCUUUAUUUUUGAUGGUGACUUUGCACAGGAGCAUUUUACUCUGUUGUUUAUGACUUGCAGGAAACAAGAAACCCAAAAAGCUUUGGUUUUUAAAAUUUUUUUUAAUAAUAAA